AUGGGGAAUGCGGUAAGCGUAGCGACGAAGGCCGCGGCAGUUCCCAGAAGAACUGUCACUGCUGCGGAAGUGGCGGAGUUGUUGGCCUCCGUGCGGUACAUUCUCCUCGACCUGGAUGGUGUGGUGUGGACCGGGCAACACGUUUUGCCCAAAAUUCCGCAAACCCUGGCGUACCUCCGCUCAUGUGGAAAGCAGAUCCGUUUCCUCACCAACAACGCCAGUGUCUCUCGUGCCGGCUUUGUGCGGAGAUUCCAGCGGCGAGGUAUCGAGGGCGUGCAGGAACACGAGGUGUACAACAGCGGUUUUGCCGCGGCGCUACGGCUUCAGAGCAUGUUGGCCGCAGGGAAGAGCACCGGCUCGGAAAGGCCGCUAGUGGAGAGAAAUGUAUUUGUCGUUGGCGAGGACGGGCUUCACGAAGAGGUGCGGCGUGUCUUGGCCCCGGGAUACAUCACCUACGGGCUUGAGCUGCACGACGCAGAAAAGUGUGGCGGUUACGAUGCGAACGUUUUAGCAACCGCGUGGGAGCGGCGCGUUCUUCCGGCGCCGCUCCAAGCUUCUUCCUGCGGAGUCACAGCGGCAGGCAGUGGCGCCGGGGGCAUCUCGCUUUCUGACCUCGAUCCUGCCGCGGUGGUGGUGGGCCUUGAUCUGCACUUUAACAUGCUCAAGCUUGCAUGUGCCUUGCUCUGUCUACAGGGGCGGCCUGCAGCGCAGCCAGUGAAUGCCGUUCCAACUGCCCCCGCGUACUUCAUUGCCACUAACGAAGAUCCUCAGAUACCCAUUGGGGAAGGCGGCGUGCUGCUCCCAGGCGCCGGUGGGAUGGUGAGCGCCUUGAGUACCGUUUCAGGGCGCUCUCCUGAUGCCGUUUGCGGCAAGCCGUACGUGGACAUGGCGAAGAUUCUCUUCGAGGAGGAAGGAAUCACGGACCCACAGGAGUGCCUGAUGGUGGGGGACAGGCUGACAACGGAUAUGGCGUUUGGGAAUGCGGCAGGCUGCAGGACGAUGCUUGUGCUGACUGGAGCGGAGAGUCUGGACGACGUCAGGAAGGCGGAGCAGGCCGGCCACACAUCUCUUUUGCCCGACUUCAUUGCGCCGUCGCUCUCCGUCUUUUUACCACCCGCGUAG